UCCUUCUACUGUGUUUUAGGGAAUAUAACUGUCAAAAAGUGACGUUCUCACUUUCUUACGGUUUAAUAUUAAAAUCAGUGUGAAAUCGAUUGAAAAUAAUUUAUAAAGUAUCAACGAUAAAUACAAACUUAUAUUUAUUGUUUGUGAAACUAUGUUGAAACCAAAAGCUCUUACACAAGUAUUGAGUCAAGCCAAUACAGGCGGAGUGGAAAACACUUUAUUAUUAAAUAGAGAUGGUGGUUUAUUAGCUUACAGUGGUUACGGAGAUAAAGAUGCAAGAGUGACUGCUGCAAUUACAAGCAAUAUCUGGUCCGCUUAUGAAAAGAAUGGACGAAAUGCAUUUAAAGAGGACGAAUUACAAUUUGUAUUAAUGGAUUGCGUGGAGGGCAAAGUUGUGAUCACAGAAGUAGCAAAUUUGCUGUUAUGUUUAUAUGCAAAAGAAAAUGUUGGAUUCGGUUUAUUAAGGGAAAAAGCACAAGCUCUAGCAAGAUAUCUUGAUCAACCUCUAAAAACAAUAGCCAAUAUGCCUUGAACAUAUACAUAUAAUUGUAAUUUUUUGUAAGAAUUUAUGAUUUAUACUACUCUGUAAAUAAUAUAUUUUUAAUAAAUAAAAAAUUUAUUAAUUUAAAAA